UGACCCCUUGUUGCCUGAAAUUGGACCAAACCUGAAUGCCCAGAGAGGAUGGACCAGAGAGCCUGUGGACUGAGGCAGCGAGACCUGGUGGAGUGGACACUGUGGGGCCACUGUCUCAGGAUGAAGCCACAGAGGGCACCAUGUCAUCAGAGGCUCUCCCUCUUAUCUUUGAGCCUUUUGAAGAUGUCACACCAGAGGGGGCAGCGGCAGCAGCAGCACCAGCACCAGCAGCGGUCACACUGGUGCCCGGCAGCGCUCAGCCUCCUCCUGCUGCCAUGGCGACCGGUGGAAUGCCUCUGUCAGAGGUGGACCUGGGCCAGCUUGUCACCGUGGAGACAGACAGCGACGGUCCCUCGCGUGCUCCGCCCUUGCUGAUGCCAGACUGGACGUCACCUUGGCAGACGUCCGGCGCCGAGCUCCUGGAACCAAUCGGCUCCUCGGUUCCAUCUGUUUCACAGAGGCAAGCCGGAACUGAGCUGGAAGACGGUUCUGAUAGAGUUGCUGUGAGGACACCAAACCCUGAAGAGGACUUGCCUACCACUGGCCCUUCCCUUUCAUCGUACCAGCAUGCUAUGACAAUGGUUACCAUGGCAGCCCAUCAUCCUGUGCACAAAUCUAGAUCAGGGUUAGAGGAGAUGGAGUCUGAGGAGGAGCCAGACGACGAUGAGGAGGAUGAAAACUCUGAGGAAUCGGUGGAAGAGGAGAGCGAAGAGGACCUGACAGAAACACCUAAAACAUCCUCAACACAGCCUCCAUACAGCCUGAUCCCUCCUCCUCCUGUCUGGGUUCAACGCAACCAGGGGCUGAUGCGGAGCUGGGUAGAGCUUAUCAGAGAAAAGGCAGGGUAUGUGUCUGGGAUGUUGGCCCCUGUGGGCAUCGGCAUCACAGGGGCCCUGUUAAUUGUCGGCGCCCUCUACAGCAUCAGGAUGAUUCACCGCAAGAGGAGGAACAGCUUCAAACACCAGAGGAGGAAGGUCAGACAGCCAGAGCAACCUCGAGAGCCCGGUACUAGCCGUCAGGACCAGGCCAUGCUGCUGGCCGACAGCUCCGAGGAUGAAUUCUGAUGAGACUGUUUUUAGGCUCCUUUUGUCGGUGACCAAUGGCUGAUGCUCCUGUAAUGGAGGCUCAGCAAACAUCACCAUCGCUAUGACUACCGCAUCACCCUGGGCUGUUUGGCUAUGACUCAUCUGAUCCACAGAGUGUGACUGAGUAUAGGACACAAUUUGCACAGGCUGCACAAAGGUCAGCUUUGUACCCCCCCACCCACCCUUUGUAGAAGUACCAGUGUGAGCACUUUUCUGAAUGUUGUCAGGUGAUGUUGACUCUAAUGGCCUGACAGGGCUUGUGUGAUGCACUUUGACAUUAAAAAAAAAAAGAUAUUGCUGCUUGUAAAUGUGAAAUACGUUAGCUGGGUAUUGACCUGAUGAAAACGUUGUGGUAAUUCGGGGUUGGCUUUGUGGAGUGGAUGGGGAAAGUGGUGAGAACCAGCGGGUUUUCUGUCAAGUAAUAAAAGGGCUGUAGAAGAGUUACAUUACAUAAACAAUAUAAAUAUAUGUAGCUGACUUGGGGUCAGUUGUGUUAGUGUAAAUAAAGUUUUAUUUCUUGCUUAACAUGUUUAGUAUUUUGGGAGAAACACAUAUUUGCUUUUUGACAGAGAAUUGGAUUGAGAGAUGGAUAUUUGUCCAUUAGCUGGAGCUAGCAGGUGAUUAGCUUAAUUUAGCUAGCUAGCUAGCCUAGCUUUGUCCAAAUGUACAGAAACCUGCCUACGAGCACAUUUAAAGCUCACUGCCCCAAUUGUUUACUCUGUACAAAAGACAAAAAAUAAAAAUGACAAUUUGCCAUUCUAUGAGGAUUAUGUGCUAAUUUUUCCCUUGGCUAGGAGCUGUGACUCUCUGGAGUCUUGACUUGUUAACUUACAACUGAUAAUUGCUCAAUGCUCUGAUUUUGUUACCAUCAGACAGAGUGAGGCCAGCUGUGUUCCCUUUUUCCAGAUUGUAUGUAUAACAUUGCUAAACUAAGCUAAACUGUCUCCUGGCUUUAACAUUUGCUUUACUUUUCCCCCAACAAAUAUGAUUGAGUUAUCAGUCUUUUCAUUUAACUCUCUGCAAGAAAGCAAAUAAGAGUGCCUCCCAAAAUGCUAAAAUUACUCUAUAAAGCAAGAUUUCCACACAUUUUAGCAAACUUCAUAUACAAGUCAGUUGCAUUAAGGCUUAGUUUAAAUGUGAACUUUGUGGAAAUGUAAAUGUUUUAUUUAGUCAUUUGUUCAUAAAAGUUAACUGUGAGAAGCACAUACGAAAUACCAUCAUCCUAAAAGUAUGUAGCAUAAAACAGAUUUUGGUGUACAAUAUAACUCUGAUAUGAACUCCUUCUUUUGCAACUUGUAAAUGUUUCUUUUUUUCUGAAUGUGCAUGAUGUCUAUUCAUACACAGACCCGUGCUUUCUGUUGGCUGGAAAAACACAAACAUUGGAGACACUGAGGGAGAAGUUAAUAUUUCAACAAGUCAAAGUUUUUUUUUUAAAUAGCUCAGUUUGCACAAAAGUGUUUUUUGUGUGUGUUAAUCUGGUCCAGACAAGGAAAGGAGAUGUUUUGCCCAACGAGUUUAGCCCAGUGUCACGUUCCUGAGAUGCAAUGUAGUCAGAUUAAGCUUUGAGUUCUUAUUUUAUGAAAUAAAAAUUAUUCUUAUUAAUAAAACCAAAAUAAAAUAGGAGGAAUCAUUUAAUAUAAAAGCUCUCCUCUGCUGUACAGAAAACAUAUGAGAAAUAUUUGAACACUAGUCAUUUGAGCCAUGUUUUUAACACUAAUGAUGUUAACACAAAGUCUUGUCUUUUGAUUAAAGAAACUAUAUUUUCUGUAACUUCAUGAGCCAUAUGUGAUAUGCUUAAUGUACAACUGCCUGUUUAUAUGCAAUAAUACUGUUUUAGGAUGAGUGUGAUGUAAAAUAGUGACACUUUUUUGUCUCUUUAUGUAGAUAUGAAACAUGGUGUGAUCAAAUAAACAAAUCUUUUAGA